CGAGCGAGCGUACGAGCCUGCGCUCGUCAGGGAGGGGGGGGUCCAGCUGCCAAAAAAAAAAAAAAGAAAAAAAAAGAUAAGGCGUAACAAUGGCAGCGUCGAGCAGCGCAUAGAUGGUGGAAAACGAGCGAGCGCGCGCCUCGCGAGCAGGAAUAGCGGCGCGAGCGACAUGUCGCCACUUUAAAGCCCGGGAAUCUCAAUCAAUGGCGAGUGGAAUAGCCGAGGUGCCCGGCCGUUUUCCUGGAAUACGAGCGCCGCUGUAAUUUAAAAUGGAGUGGUAGAGAGAGGAGAGAGGGGAGCGCGCCUAUCUCCUUCGCCGAGAGGCGCGUCCACCUGCUAGUGCUGGAUGUCCGGGCUUCGGGGGGGAACAUGAUGGAGAACAUGGAGAACAUGGAGAAGUGGCUGCGCUGAGGGGAAAGACGCCUUCUCGUCUGCUGUGAACGGCAGAGGCGGAGCGGGGAGCGCGGGCUGGGCGCAUCUGGAGGUCAGGGUACGGUGGUGAUGCACGGAAGAAACGGGAUCCAGCCACAUUGAUGGACGUUCUGCAAGAAGCCAACCUCGCUGCCCCGGCUCUCAACGUGCCGCAGUCCAACGGGGUGGAUGAGAACGGAUCACAUGAUCAGGGAGGUCAGCUGAAGCCGUAUGUUGCCGCACAUGCUGCCAUUCAUUUCCCUUCCUCAGCCGGCGCAGUGAGCACACAGAAAGGCAGCUUGGAUUGCCAGAGAGCCACGGUAACCACAAAAGAGGCCUAUGCGCUAACACCAUCAUCUCCUGUCAGCUUGACUGAUAUCCCAGAGCCUGCUGGUGAUGAGUCCUCCACUCAUGCCAUUUCCCUCACAUCCUGCGUCACCAAGGGGGUGAGUCCCUGGUCCCUGCCUGAAGACUGUGACAAGACCCCCUUCACCAUGAUGGAGCCAGGGGGCAUGUCCUCCCUGACUGAUGAUUGCCUUAUGCAACCCAGCCGCACCUGCUUGGGAUGUUUCAUGGAGAGCAAGGACAGUGCUGACACGGAGCCCGGGAUUAGCCUGAAAAUGGGCGACAUGAACCGGGAGUAUGAAACCUGCUCUAUCUCUGACAUGGGAAUGCAUGGCAUCAUGCCCAGUGACACCUGCCAAUAUGGGGACCAGCUCCUUUCUGACCAGCUCCUUGGCUUUCCAGUCCACAAAGGCCAGGCUACAGAGAGGAGGGAUGUGGAGAAGGCAGAGAGUGACUCUGAGGACCCUGCCUCAAAGAACCUCUAUGAGGGCCUACUCCUGGAUAAAUGCAAUGGAGAGGAGGCCCUUUUGUCCAAUCCCGGACAGGACUGGGGGUAUUUUGAGUCCUUCAUAAGUGAGAGCAAAAUGGAGCUCCUUGACCUCUGCUCCAAAAAUGAGCUCUCAGUCAACCUCUUCUCUGAGGAAGAUGUGGACAACUACAUGUUUGAUGACGAUGAUGAUGACUCCACACUGAGCAGUGAUGUAUGCUCCCUGAAAAUCCGAUACGAGUCUUUCCAGGACAACAUGCGGGAGAAGACCAAUGUUCUUCAGGAGGAGACCCAGCUAAGCUUCUUUCCAACAGUACUUGUCAACUGCACCAAGAAGGACAGUGGGACCAUCAAAAAAAACGUGGAGGGUCUGCAGCUCAAGGAGGAGGAAGGCCACCCAGUGGGAGAUGACAGUCGGGGGGAUGGGAAUAGCUGUCCUGCUGAUGCAACGCCUGAUGGGAGCCCAAAGAGGAGUUAUAUAUUUGACUUCAGUAACUCCACUGAAGACUCAGGGGAGUACAGUGAUGACAGCUCCUGUACUGGCUCCUCCUCUGACACUCUCCGGGAGGCCAAGGGAAGAAGCCGCUUAUUCUCCAGGGAGAAUUCCAGCUCCUCCAGUCAGCUAAAUUACAGACUUCGCGCGAAAAGGAAAGUCAGAUACAGUGAGGACUACCUGUAUGACGUAGACUCAAUUGAGAACGAGAAAAAUGUUGAGAAACGUGAGAAACUUCCCGUUGGUCCGAAAGAGGAGGAGGACGACGACUGGUGCCCAAAGAAACGACGAAAAUCCUCUCGAAAGGAACCCCCAGUCGUCAUCAAAUACAUCAUCAUCAACCGGUUCAAAGGAGAAAGGCAUAUGAUGGUGAAGUUGGGGAAAAUUGAUCCAAGCAUCACAGCAGUAACCCUUACUGAGGACACAGUGAAACAGUAUGAAAGACUGGCCCCUCUCAAGCAUUUUUGGCAAAAGAGACUGCAGGAUCAGGAGGAACGGCGUAGGCUGACCGCGGGCGACAAACACAAUUUUCAUCUGAACGGCCGCGGCCGUCCCUUCAGUUCGAGUCCCCCUAAACGGAAAUACAAGAUUGCAAACAGACUCAGGAUUCAGAGAAUUCAAACUGUUGAGCAAUCACCGAACAAGCAGGGAGGCGGCACUGAAGACGAGGCAGCCCUUACAGGCGUGCCAUUAACAACAGUGGCCUCCAGCCGCGCAAGCACAUUAGACGCAAAUGACAUCACACACACCAGCGCACCAAAUAGCAGAUCAGAAGAAAGGGACAAUAAGAGAAUUGGAAAUAAAGUGCGAAUAAGGAAAUUUAAAAGCGAAGCCAGGCUGAGGAGCAAAAAAAUUAAAGACUUGCACGAGAAUGGCAGAGGCAUGACGAACCAAGCAGGGAUUUACGCUGUGUUACAAAAUCAGGACUCUGUUGGGAGUGUGAAGGAUGAAGCAAUGGACUCGGCUGCAAGCAGCCCCCAUUUGUGUGAAAAUCACACUGCCAAUGCCUCUAAAAAAUCCACUUUUGUAUCAGCCACCUGCUCUCCUGACAAAACCACGCCAUCUGUGAAUGUGGCUACAAGUGUACCAGUUGUCCCUGGAGGCUAUCUGCAGACACUGUUAGAUGCAUCAGAUACAUCGAGCAGCACUGGAAUGUCUUUCUUCCCCCAGCAGCCCCCCAGGCAAUACCCGGUUGGUCUUUCCCAGGAAGAGAAGCAGUUCACGUCUCUGCAGCUCGCCCAGAGUUGUGUCCUCUCGCCACCCUCUGAAUCCGAGCUCCAGCAGUCACCUCAGAACUGCCAGAUUGAACCAAAUUUCACCCAUAUGUGGCAUUCACAGCUUGGCCCUAGCCAGGCGCCGUUUGCACCUGACAUUCCAGAGACUCCCAUUAUGCCUAACAGCUUUUCUGGCCCCUUGCCUGUGCCAAUGGCAGACAACUUGUCUGUCUCAGGAUACAGCCAGCUGAACUUGGAAAGCAACAGACUGCUAUACGAGAAGAACUACUUGCCUGAGCAGCCACUGCAGUCCAAUGUCGAUUAUCAGGCGUGUCAGGUAACGUGCGGGGAGGGACAUUUACAGUUGCAGAGAGGCACGCUGAACACAGACAAUGGCAGGCUCAUCAGUUUUGACUCAGUGGGUUCGCUGUCAGCUACUUCCAGCAAUUACAGCUCUCUAAGUCUAAAGUCUUGUGAGAAAGAAGGCGAAGAUGACAUGAAUGAUAACUUCUUGGCCCACUGCAGUCCAAAACUGGUGAUCCAGCAAAGUGUUGAUGCAAUCACGCCUCUAAGGGAAUCAACAGACCUGCUGGAUAUCUCAAACUUUACUCCCGAUAAAUUCCGGCACUCGUCGUUGUCAGAGAUGUCCCCUCCAGACACCCCCAAUUUGUCGCCUCAGGUUAUGGGCCCAGAGAUAAAGGGAGGGGGAGCAGCCAAAACACACCAAGAAGCCCACGAAAUUGGUAGCACACCAGAGGUGAAGUGGAACUGCAGCCUUAUAUCGCAGGCGGAGCAUGAGCCCAAUGUGCUCACCUCAAACAGCCACCAGUUUCAGUUCCACACCUUCAAUGACGAUGAUGGCGUGGGGCUGGUCGAAAAGGGUACCAACGUGGGCAACUUUGACCAGCAGGGUAAUCAAAUCACGAAUGUUGCCAAAGGUCCAAGGUCAAGGAAGAAAACAGUCAUCAAGCAGAUAUCAGGGCAAGGUACCUCUCCUGAGCAGAAAGGUACGAAGAAAACCAAGGCUCCAAAAGCAGCCAAGGGUGAGAGGACCAAAACCCCUCGACAGAAUUCUCGAUCACCCAAAAAGUUUAAAGCUCCAGCUGAUGGGAAAGCGGGAAAAGCUCAGGCAGGGAGCUCCAAGUUGCUCCACAAAGGACAUAACAUAAUAGACAACAUGGGUGUGUCACAAGGGGGCUCCAUGGGGUUGUCGAGGGACUGGCCCCUCAUCAAGGACCCCAGUACAGGCUGGACUGAUACCAACAACCUUCUAGAUGAUGACCAGCGUGAAUUUGAAGAGCCCUCCAACAUCUUGUCCAACAUAGCCUCUGGGAUGGCCGAAGUCCAGAGGUUCAUGAUGGCUUCUAUUGAGCCUGUGUGGUGUCCUGUAUCUGGGGUGUGCCAGCCGCCGGAGCCCAACAGCCUCAAGUUAAAAACUCUCAAAAUCCUGGCAGGGACAUCGCCGGACUCCAAAAGGAGAGGUACCGCGUCGCCGGGGGCAGCCAAGGGUAGAAAGGCGGCUGGCAAGGCUGGGAAAAACCAGGCCAAGUUCAAUGCCUCGCACCCUUUCUUCCCCCAGCUCGCACUGGGCUGUAACGUGUUCGACAAAACUGCCCUAGGCACCCCCAGUGCCAAUGGUCCUGCGCACAAAAAGAUGUACCGCCACAAAACGAGUGCGAAAUUCCCUCGGGUGGAGAACAGUAAAGGCAAGCGAGCAGAGCGAGAUCCAAAUAAGGACUUAGCCUUGAUGGCCUCUUAUGAAAAACUGAGGAUAUGGGCACCCACCAUAACAAAGUCAGCCUACAGUGUGACUCAUCUGAUGAGGGAGAACUACACCUUUCUGUGAAGAACCGUAAUCGUCUCAUUUUAGACCCUAGAGCGCCCAAGUGUGUCACAAAUGUCUCGAGACAUUUUUUUCCAAUGUGAAAGAGAACAUUUUUGUAUUGAUUAUAUCUCUACCUUUAAAUCUAUCAUCUGUGUGUGUUUGUGUGUAUUUGUGUGUGAGACUACUAUUUUGUCUUAAUUUUCUUAUUCUCGGAAUGAAUUUGUCAUUUGCUUCUGUCCAGUGUUGUUUUUUUUUUUUUUUUCCCCCCCAAGGGCCUUGGUGUAAAACGUGUCCAGAGACUCCGUCCUAAAUCUGAAAUAUGCUGAUUACUUCUUUCAAAAUGUUCUCUAAUCCAUCUUUAAGAUUCUGAUUUUUUGUUAAUGCCAUUGUACAGAAACAUAUGCACUAUUGGCAAAGAAAUUAUCAUAACACUGAAUUUAUUGUGCCAAACUAUGAACAAAUAUCUGUACAGAAAAUUUUCUAUGUUUAUGAAUAUUGGUUGUUCUAUUUUGUAACACUUGAUGGAGGGCUGACUUUCGACAGGAGUUAUAUUUUGGGACCCUCUCCGUUGGCAAGCACCUGCAGCCGGCAGUGGUACGCUACUACGUGCUCAUCUUACCAAAACAGAGACUCUGAUUUUCUUUCUUUUUUUCAUUUACUUUUUUUUUUUUUUGCUUAAUUCAAUUUACCUCAAUAUCAUCCGGCAUUUUGAAGCUAAAAGGGAAUGGACGAGGAACUCUGUCAGAGGCUCGGAGGAAAACGAUAGCACAGAUGCAGAACAAGAGGAACAGGGGCCAUCAGCCAAAUGUUUUGAGCCUGAGACCAUGAAGUACCAGUGCUGGACUGGAACAGCAGGGUGGUGAAGCCCAGAAUAACCCACUUUCUCUCAUCUCUGCCUAUUGCCAGUUGAAUGUACUUUCCAGUGUCAGUUUUUUGUACGAGGUACCACUGUUGAGCUGCUGCUUCUUAAAGGUGCUAACAAAGCAAACACACAAACAGGAAGAAAAUAAACUUUUUUUCCAUAACAACAAAAUGACAAAAAAGAAAGCUAAGAAGAACCCAGCUCGAUCUGUGCCCUCUUUAAGAAUGUAUAAUAUACUGUUCUGUUAUGUUUGAUGUACUUACACCAUGGUUUUGACAUUAACUGGAGUUACUUUUUGCCUUUUCCGUUGAAAAGAAUAUUGAGCUUUAUAAAUAUUGUCUAGAGUUGUUAUCAGAAGGAUUCCUAACAAACUCUUGACAUUAUGAAAUCUUGUAUAUUUUUCAGUGUGCCAAUUUGUAACAUAUUUUGUAAGUGUAUAUUUUUCUUAGAAAGUGUUGUGAAGUAUUUGUGUGUGUGUGGGUAACCUUUUUUGCGCCUCUGUGGGCAGUGAAAAGGAUGUAUAAUGACAAGUUCCUGGUUUUAAAAACCAAAAUAUAAAUGACAAAAAAGAAAACAUAAAAAAAUCUAUAACUUUUUGUUGGGAGUUUUGUAAUAAGACCAAUCUUGUUGUAAGAGUGUAGUGCUAACGUGUAAAAAAACAUAAGCAUACAAAAAAG